AUAGCUACCGUCCGAUCCAAGCUUCCUCCUUCCCGGCUCGAUGGAUGGUCACUAACGACCGAGGUUCAGAAACUCAUCAGUUCCGGGGCCCACUGAGGUCACUGACGAGAUCACCAGUCAUGUCUUUCCGUGACCUAAGGAAUUUUACAGAAAUGAUGAGGGCCCUGGGAUACCCCCGACACAUCUCCAUGGAGAAUUUUCGCACACCAAAUUUUGGGCUUGUAUCUGAAGUGCUUCUCUGGCUUGUAAAGAGAUAUGAGCCUCAGACUGACAUUCCUUCUGAUGUUGAAACAGAGCAAGAUCGAGUUUUCUUCAUUAAGGCAAUUGCACAAUUCAUGGCCACCAAAGCUCAUAUAAAACUUAACACUAAGAAACUGUAUCAAGCAGAUGGAUAUGCAGUAAAGGAACUAUUGAAAAUUACAUCAGUCCUUUAUAAUGCCAUGAAAACCAAAGGAAUGGAAGGCUCUGAAAUAGGAGAGGAAGAUAUCAGCAAAUUCAAAUUUGAUCUUGGCUCAAAGAUUGCGGAUCUGAAAGCAGCUAGGCAGCUUGCUUCUGAAAUUACAUCAAAAGGAGCAUCUCUCUAUGAUUUACUUGGCAAAGAAGUAGAGUUGCGGGAACUGAGAACAGAAGCAAUCGCUAGACCACUAGAGAUAAAUGAGACUGAAAAAGUGAUGAGGGUUGCAGUCAAAGAUAUUUUGGCACAAGUUCAGAAAACUAAAGACUUGCUCAACAACGUGGCCUCGGAUGAAGCAAAUUUAGAAGCCAAAAUUGAAAAAAGAAAAUUAGAACUUGAAAGAAAUCGAAAGCGAUUGCAGACUCUGCAGAGUGUCAGACCAGCUUUUAUGGAUGAAUAUGAGAAGAUUGAGGAGGAAUUGCAGAAGCAGUAUGAUGUUUAUCUGGAAAAAUUUCGGAAUCUAGCCUACCUAGAACAGCAACUUGAGGACCAUCAUAGAAUGGAGCAAGAGAGGUUUGAGGAGGCUGAAAAUACCUUACGUCUAAUGCAGAAUAAACUUAAGGAAGAAGAAAAGCGACUGCUUAAGAGUGGAAGCAAUGAUGAUUCAGACAUAGACAUCCAAGAAGAUGAUGAAUCUGACAGUGAAAUGGAAGAGAGACGAUUAUCAAAGCCACGAACAGCCAUGGAGGUUUUGAUGCAAGGAAGACCUAACAAACGCAUCGUGGGCACAAUGCAAGGUGGAGAAACUGAUGAUGAUGAAGAUUCAGAGGACAGUGAAAUUGAUAUGGAAGAUGAUGAAGAAGAUGAUGAUGAUUUGGAAGACGAAAGCAUGACUCUCUCCCCAACUAAGCCAAAUCGUAGGGCCCGGAAACCUGAGCCGCUGGAUGAGAGUGACAAUGAUUUCUAGCUUACUCUUUCUGGCCCCAAUGUAAAUUAAACACAACACAGGCUAAGCAUCCCUAGAAUCAACUGACCUUUAUAGGACAUGGUUGCCAGAUCAUUCACUAGCUUUUUGACCAUCUCCUGGAUGCUCUUCCUUUGCCAGUACCCAGAACUGAAUUGAAUGCACUUCUCCAGAUGCAGUCUGAUUAGUAUAGCUUAGGGUGGAAUUAUUAUUAAUGUCUACACCUCUAAUUAAUGAAGACUAUGACUAAAUCUUUCUUUUUUGUUGUUGUUGCAUUGAGGGUUUUUGUUUUGUUUUUUUGUUUUGGUUUGGUUUGGUUUUGGUGAGGCAAUUGGAGUUAAGUGACUUGCCUAGGGUCACGCAGCUAGUAAGUGUCAAGUGUCUGAAGUGAGGCUGGAUUUGAACUCAGGUACUCCUGAAUCCAGGGCUGGUGCUUUAUCCACUGUGCCACCUAGCUGCCCUGCUUGUAUUGAGUUUUUGCUGUUGAUAUUUUAGCAACCACACCACGCUACCAACAUACUGAGCUUUCAGUUUACUAAAAUCCUGGC